AGCAACCACGGGUGGCUGCCGCAGCCGAGCCGGUCAACCCCGAACUCUCCUUCGAUCUUUUUUUAAUUUUUAUAAUCCGCGCCGCAGCGGAAGCCAUGGUGAUCGUGGUCAAACCCGGCAAAGGUAUUUCUAGUGCCCUCCCAUCCCGUGAUCCCAUCCCUCAAACCCACGCGCAAGUGUUUCACGAUGACGACGACGAUGAUGAGGCUGAGGCAGCACCUGGCCUCCCCUAUUUAUACCUCCGCCAUCGCCAGGAUCGGCAACAGAGCCCACCACCACCGCCUCCCCAUCGCGCCACCGCAAAAGCUGCGAACAAGUACUGCUACCCAGAACAAGCUCCUGCUCCUCCUGAUUGUCCUGCUAGUCUGCUUCUUGUUCUUCUUGAUCCCGACCGUCUUGUUGCCCCCAGCCCGGACCAUGUCGUCGUCGUCCUCCUCUGCCUCGGACGCCGCCGCCGCUUCGGCGCCGUUCGAGAAGCCCAGGGCCGUGGUCAAGAAGCUCCUCGCCGAGUCGCAGCCCGAGGGACAGGGCGCCACCGUCCGGAGGAGCAUCGGCAGGCAUGAGCUCAGGAACCUGGACCCCUUCCUCAUGCUCGACGAGUUCUCAGUCUCCAAGCCCGCCGGGUUCCCCGACCAUCCCCACAGAGGAUUCGAGACCGUCACCUACAUGCUCGAGGUGCGUCCACUCUACUCCUCAACCCUUUGCUUACCUGCCGCGUUCUGCCCCCGCGAGCUGUUCGCUCAAAUGUCCGCUUCUGCGCUGUUGGUCGGGUUGCAGGGCGCCUUCACCCACCAGGACUUUGCAGGCCACAAGGGCACCAUCAGGACUGGGGAUGUCCAGUGGAUGACUGCCGGGCGAGGCAUCGUGCACUCGGAGAUGCCGGCGGGAGACGGGGUGCAGAAGGGCCUGCAGCUCUGGAUCAACCUCUCCUCCAAGGACAAGAUGAUCGAGCCCCGGUACCAGGAGCUCCAGAGCAAGGACAUCAGCCGCGCCGAGAAGGACGGCGUGGAGGUCCGGAUCAUCGCCGGCGAGGCCUUCGGCGUGCGCUCCCCGGUGUACACGCGCACCCCGACCAUGUACAUGGACUUCACCAUGCCGCCGGGGUCGGAGCUCCAUCAGCCCGUCCCGGAGGGCUGGAACGCCUUCGUGUACAUCAUCGACGGCGAGGGCGUGUUCGGGCGGGAGAAGUCGGCCGCCGUCGGCGCGCACCACUGCCUCGUGCUGGGCCCCGGCGACGGGCUGAGCGUGUGGAACAGGUCCGGCGCGCCGCUGCGGUUCGCGCUGGUGGGCGGGCAGCCGCUGGGCGAGCCGGUGGUGCAGCACGGGCCCUUCGUCAUGAACUCGCGCGCCGAGAUCCAGCAGGCCAUGGAGGACUACUACUACGGCAAGAACGGCUUCGAGAGGGCCAGCCAGUGGACAUCCUCCGCAUGAAACUUGGAUGGGACAGAGUAGACCAUCAGCUGAUAAUCUCUCUGAUCUUGAUAAUUAUUUUUUCUCCUUACUGUAUUGUAGAAAGGAUGUGUUUUUGUUAUUUGUAUGGUGAUUGUAAUAACUAAUAAGCAGGUUGGCAAAUUUAUAGUCUUGAUAAACCCUGAUUUCUUUCAAUGGAUUUAAUUCGUUCAUUUGAA